AUGAAGUUCAAUUGUGGAAAUAUGAAAAAAAUGAGGAUGACUCCUUAUUUGGACAUUGAUGAAUGUUUGCUAAAAUGGUUUACUCAGUGUCGAGAUAAAAACAUACCAUUAAAUGGAACAAUUUUACUUGAAAAAGCAAACGAAUAUGCACAAAAAUUAGGACACACUAAUUUUAAAGCUAGUAGUGGAUGGCUUACAAAUUGGAAAAAAAGACACGAUGUAGUUUUUCGAACUAUUUGUGGAGAAAAAGCUUCAGUAGACACACAUUGUUGUUCAAAUUGGAUUAAAAAUCUUCCUGAUGUCUUAGCAGGUUAUUCUUCUAAUGAUAUUUUUAAUGUCGAUGAAACGGGCUUAUUUGUCAAAUGCAGAAUAAUUUAUUCACCACAACUCCUUGGUGAGGUGUAA